GAGGGUCGUAGCUUGCGAGGUCUGGUGGGCGCGAAUGGCUCCUCCGCAGCUGACCGACGAGGCCGGCGUGAAGACGGAGGAGGGCGGCGGGACCUGCUCCCGCCGCUUCUUCACUUGGGAAGAGGUCGGGCUGCGCACGGGUCGCAUCCAGCCUUACAACGAGCACUGGCUGGUGAUCGACAGGAAGGUCUACGAUGUCAGCCGCUUCCACCGGCGGCACCCGGGAGGCUCCCGGGUCAUGAGGCACUACGCCGGGCAGGACGCCACGGAUGCAUUCACGGCGUUCCACCUUGAUAAAAAUUAUGUGAGCAAAUUCUUGAAACCACUGCUGAUUGGGGAGCUGGCACCAGAUCAACCAAACUGUGAGCCCAACAAAAAUCAACUGAUAACAGAGGACUUCCGGAAGCUGCGAUCCACCGUGGAGAAGAUGGGACUCCUGAAACCCAACCAUCUCUUCUUCUUUCUAAUAUUCGUUCAUAUUGUGCUACUGGAUGUUGGUGCCUGGUUGACCAUCUGGUACUUUGGAUCAUCUUUAGUACCAUUUUUAACCGGUGUUACAUUAUUUGCUACUGCUCAGUGCCAAAUGAACUGGUUUCAGCAUGACUUGGGACACCUUUCCGUCUUUAGCAAAUCAAAAUGGAAUCACAGGAUACAUUCAGUCAUAAUGUGCAUAAUGAAAGGUUUGGGAGCAAAGUGGUGGAAUACCAUGCAUUUUCAGCACCAUGCCAAGCCCAACUGCUAUAAGAAAGACCCCGAUCUCAACAUGCAUCCCUUCUUGUUUGCUCUGGGAAAGAAACUGGCUGCUGAGCUUGGGAUGCAGAAAAAGAAGUUCAUGCCUUACAACCAUCAACACAAGUACUUCUUCUUUUCAGGUCCAGGUUUGCUGCUUCCCUACUUUCAGAUGUCUGUAGUUUACUUAUCAAUCAAGCGAAAAGAAUGGCUGGAGCUAGCCUUGCUGAUAAGCUUCUACAUCCGACUUGGUUUCAUGUAUAUACCCCUUAUGGGAUUUAAGUAUUUAAUGGCAUUCUAUGUGCUGGCCAGGUUUGGUGAAAUCUGCUGUUUUACCUGGGUGUCACAAAUGAAUCACAUCCCAAUGCACAUUGACUAUGAUGAAAAUACAGAUUGGGUGUCUACACAGCUCCAAGCAACCUGCAAUGUGGAUCAGUCCUUUUUCAAUGACUGGUUUACUGGCCAUCUGAACUUCCAGAUUGAACACCACCUUUUCCCCACAAUGCCUCGACACAACUUCUGGAAAGUGGCCCCUCUGGUGAAAUCCCUCUGUACCAAGCACAGCAUUGACUACCAGUGCAAGCCACUGCUGACUGCCUUUGGAGACAUUGUGCGGUCUCUGAAGGAUUCUGGGCAAGCCUGGUCUGAUGCAUAUAUGCAUGAAUGAGAAGGAGAAACUCUUGAAGAAUGAUUCCAUCAUUUGCCAUGAAAAUACAUCACAGACUGUGGGUAGAUAACAUGCUAAGGAGGAAUUUGGGGUCUGGUGAAUGAAUGAAUGUGGGUCAUUCUCAAAACCUUUUUCCAUUUCCUUUUUGUGCUAGUUCUAUUAAAUUGUGUCAUUCAUAAGACAGGCUCUGCCUACUGCAAAAGAGGCAUGAAAUGAGAGGCACUUCUGUUGUGCUUCAUUUAUGAGGGCAUCUCAAUUGUUUAUGUAAGACUGAAAUCUGGCUAUCUGUAUUUCCUCACAGGGGGAGCUUUGGCAGUGGGGAAGGGCAUAGUUUAAAGCAGAAGAAGCAGAAGAAGGAGGAGAAUUAAUAAUAAUAUGAAAGCCACAAGUUUGUUCAGCUACAAAAACAAGGUUGCCAUUUCACAUUUCCUUGAUGAUGAAUUCCAAGUAGAUUUUUAGCCUCUCAUUGCCUUCUAUGUUACCAUUGCCUUCAUUCAUAUGUUGGUGGUUGUGAUCAUUGCCCCUCCUUUCCAUCAUGUGCUUCAAAGAACGUGUGAGCUGCGGCCUCUGGAUGCAAAGGGAGAUGGGGAAAAUUGGGAAAUAAAUAUGAGUAUGUUCCUAAGAAGUAUUUUCAGUUCUUCCAAUGGAAAAUUGAGGAAUGUUUUGAAGGAAAUCUCCCCUAGCUGUGUGCAUAGAUUUCACAUCCCUGUUAUACUCAUUGAACAGGACUACAAUGGGGUAACAGCUUCAAAAAGCAUUUCAGUAGUUUUAAAUUCAGUCAGUAAAUUACAUUCCAUAAAUAUGUCAUAAAUUAAAUUUCAUAAAUAUGCCAGUCAGUAAGACCUUUAUUGGCAUAAUAUAAAUAUGUCAAUUAGUGUAAUAAUUAUGUGCUCAUUCAGUUAUAAAUGCCCUAACCUGGACAACCCUGGCUAGCCAAACUUCAAAUCUCAGAAGCUAUGUUGGGUUAGCCCUGUUUAGGACUUGGAUGGGAGACCAUGAAUGAAGUUCAAGGUUGCUUCACAGGAGCAGGGCAAGGCAUGCCAGGGACUUCAGAUUUACUGUGUCUUAGAUAAUGUUAUAAUCCCCUUUGGAAGCUAUUUUCGCAGUUUGUGAGUGCUGCUUGACACAGAAGUCAUAUUAGAAAACCUGGUGGCUUUUGUGGCUCAGAGUUUGUUUCCCCAGCUCUGGCUGAUGCAUCAACUGCAUCCAUGUCUGGGUCAGUCAGAUCUAGUGCUCUACUUGGGGCAGCCAAUGAAGAGUUUUUGGAAGCUGCAGCUAAUACAGAUUUUUUAUUUUUAUUUAAUCUAAUUUAUAACCCAUCCAUUUUCAACUGGUUUCAGAGCAGCUUCCAACAAAUGCACCUAUGAAAUACAAUAUAUGAGUUAAAACAUAGAAUAAAACUACAAUCACUAACUUGUUAAACUAUUGAAAACCCAUUUUCAUAUCUACUAUAUAAUACUGAUUAUUCCUCAUGGUGAGCUGGUUUAUGACCAGUCACAGGUGAAUGACAAAUAAUGGCUCAGAAUUUUACAGGUUCUUCAUGGAAGUAAGACAAAAAGAAGGAAAAUGAAAAGGGAGUGUGUCAAGAGAGAAUCUGUCUUGUUUGCUAGAUGGCCUAAUAAAACCCUUUUUCUUUUGUAUUGUCAAAGGCUUUCACAGCCGGAAUCACUGGGGUGCUGUGUGGUUUCCGGGCUGUAUGGCCGUAUUCUAGCAGC